UGCGCAGAAGUGACGUCCAGCCGUAAAAGCAAGAUGGCGGCGCUGAGGUGCCUAGGAAGGCUGCGGACACCUUCAGGGUCAUGGCUGCAAGGGAUGGCGCUGGGGGCGGCGCCCAGCAGAGGAAAGCAGUGGCAACCAGACGUGGAGUAUGCCAAACAAUACGGAGGAGCGGUCAUGUAUCCCAGCAAAGACACAGAGAAAUGGGUUCCUCCUCCCUGGAAUGACAAAGACCCUCCCUUGGAGAAGCCAGUGUCCAACCUGACCAUCAAUUUUGGGCCGCAGCAUCCUGCUGCGCAUGGCGUCUUGCGCUUGGUGAUGGAGCUCAGCGGGGAGAGUGUGAAGAAGUGCGACCCUCACAUCGGCUUGCUUCAUCGGGGCACAGAGAAACUGAUAGAGUAUAAGACCUAUCUCCAGGCUCUGCCGUAUUUUGACCGGCUGGAUUAUGUCUCCAUGAUGUGUAAUGAACAGGCCUAUUCCUUAGCAGUGGAGAAGCUGCUCAAUAUCCGUCCGCCCCUGAGAGCUCAAUGGAUCCGAGUUCUCUUUGGUGAAAUCACACGUAUUUUGAACCACAUCAUGGCCGUCACCACGCACGCCCUGGAUAUCGGGGCCAUGACCCCCUUCUUCUGGAUGUUUGAGGAAAGAGAAAAGAUGUUUGAAUUCUACGAGCGUGUUUCUGGCGCUCGGAUGCAUGCUGCUUAUGUCCGUCCAGGAGGAGUCCAUCAGGACAUGCCUUUGGGUUUGAUGGAUGAUAUCUAUGAGUUUGUGAAGAAUUUCUCCAUCCGGAUAGACGAGGUGGAAGAGAUGCUCACUAACAAUCGGAUCUGGAAAAACCGGACUGUUGAUAUCGGAGUGGUGACCUCAGAGGAAGCCCUCAAUUACGGCUUUAGCGGAGUGAUGCUCCGUGGCUCAGGGAUACAGUGGGAUCUUCGCAAAAGCCAGCCUUAUGACGUCUACGAUCAAGUGGAGUUUGACGUACCAAUUGGAUCGCGAGGCGACUGCUAUGACAGGUAUCUCUGUCGGGUCGAAGAGAUGCGCCAGUCCCUCCGCAUUAUCCUGCAGGCUCUGAACAAGAUGCCGGAAGGUGAGAUCAAGGUGGACGAUGCCAAGAUCUCUCCUCCCAAAAGGGCAGAGAUGAAGACCUCCAUGGAAGCGCUUAUCCACCACUUCAAGUUGUACACAGAGGGCUACCAGGUGCCCCCCGGAGCGACCUACACUGCCAUUGAGGCUCCAAAGGGAGAGUUUGGCGUAUACUUGGUUUCUGAUGGCAGCAGCAGGCCUUACCGCUGCAAGAUCAAGGCUCCUGGCUUCGCCCAUCUGGUAAGACGAAAUAAUGCUUCGCAUAUGGAUAAGGGAAUGUGGAGUUGA